AUUAUGGAUAACGCCCCAUAUCACUCGGUCCAAAAGCACAAACCACCAACUUCGGCAAACAGGAAGUUAGAAAUAAUUGCAUGGCUUCAAGAAAAAGGAAUAGAGGCCAAUGAAACAAUGCUUAAAAACGAAUUAUUGAGACUCGUUGGUCUGCACAAACCCAGCACACCAACGUAUGUCUUAGAUGACAUAGCCCAAGAAAAGGGUCAUAACGUCAUAAGACUGCCUCCAUAUCACUGCCAGUAUAAUCCGAUCGAGCUUAUCUGGGCCCAAGUAAAAGGUUACGCUGCUAGAUCUAACACAACACCACCUUUUACGGCAAAUAAAAUGCUGCAGUUACUAAACACUGCGGUUGAAAAUGUAUCUGCAGAAGAUUGGAAACAGGUAGUUACCAAAUGCAGAAAAUUAAUGGAAGAAGAUUGGGAGCGGGACGUUCGAUUUGAUAAUAUUUGCGACCAAGAGUUCAUUAUAAAUUUAAAAGAUUGCUCUAGCGAUUUUGAAAGUGAUUCGGAAAUUGAUUUGGGGUGUACUCCUUUGGAAUAAAUAAAUGUAUGUUUUAAAA